AUGACAUUUUCAGGAUAUCUCGGUCAUGUCUAUCAAUAUCAACAUCGUGUACUUUGUUUUGUUUUAACUGAACAAAAUGGUUUAUCAACUCGUGCAAAAGCUGUCUAUUCAACAUGGGGUAAACGUUGUGGUAAAUUUUUAUUUAUAGCAAAAUUAAACUCAUCUUAUCGUUAUACAAUCUAUGAUAAUAAUGAUUAUGUAUCUACUAAUAAUGAAUUACCUAUUCAGUAUAUUCCUAAUUUACCAGACGGUUACUAUCAAUUAAAUAAUAAAAUUCGUGCAACACUCGUGUUUAUUUAUCAAUAUUAUCCAAAUUAUGACUGGUAUUUAAAAGCAGAUGAUGAUACAUUUAUAAUUUAUGAAAAUUUAAUACGUUUUUUACAUGAAAUAAAAUCGAACCCAUCAUUUUUAUAUGGUUUUCGUUUUCGUGAGAAAUAUUAUGUUAGUGGUGGAGCUGGAUAUCUUUUACAUAAACGUGCUCUACAUUUAUUAGGAGAACGUUUACAAGAUGAUGAAUUUUAUAAAACAUGUAAUGUAAGUAUGGAAGACAUAAUGGUUGGACAGUGUUUAGAAUUAUUAACCGCAAAUCAAGAUAAUAUUGUUGGAGAAUCAAUCGAUGAACAUGGACGAGAAAGAUUUCAUCCAUUAGCUUUUCCAGUUCAUUAUAGAGGACCGAAAAAUCGAACACAUCAACAAUGGAUUCAUUUUAGACCAUAUCAUCAUAUUUUAUUUGGUUAUGAUGCAUUCAGUGAAACAACAAUAAGUUUUCACUAUAUCACCCCGGACCAAAUGUAUGAAUUAUAUACGAUAUUAUAUGAAAUACGUCAUUAUGAUCGUCAAGUAUGUUCUACAAAUAUGAUACAUUGA